AUGUCUAUAGAGGAAACAAAGAAAGCACAGAUUUCUGCCAGUAGUACAGAUGGCUCAGACGAAGAGUGGCAGAAGAGUGAAACUCUCAAAUUAGAAGGAACAUUUGAGGCCAGGGAGGGGCAUCACUUCUAUAGGCCAAUUGAUAGCUAUGAGGGCCUGCAUCGCUGGGAUCCGAACUUUGAAUGGACAGAGAAAGAAGAGAAAAUCAUUGUCAGAAAGAUUGAUGCCCGUGUCUGCACAUUUGCCUGCGUGACCUUCUUUGCACUGCAGCUAGAUCGAGGAAAUAUCGGCCAGGCGCUCGCAAGUACUCUUCUGGAAGAUCUGCGGAUGACUAGUAACGAUUACAACUUGGGUCAGACGGUAUUUCUGGUCUGCUUCCUGUUGGCUGAAAUGCCCUCUCAGUUACUUUCCAAGAGGAUCGGCCCAGAUCGUUGGAUUCCAAUCCAAAUGGUCUCUUGGAGUUUGAUAGCGGCUUGCCAGGCCUUCUUGAAAGGGCGUGGAUCAUAUUUGGCCUGUCGCGCCCUCCUGGGACUACUAGAAGGCGGCUUUAUACCGGAUACAAUUCUUUUCUUGUCCUUCUUUUAUAAAUCCAGUGAGCUGCCAAAAAGAUUGACCUGGUUCUGGAUUUCCUACACCGUUGCCGGAAUUAUUGGUUCAUUCCUAGCAUUUGGAUUCCUGCACAUCACUGAUGCCAACGGCCGCGGUGCGUGGAGAUAUCUAUUUGCAUACGAGGGUCUUAUCACCGGCGUGAUUGGAAUUAUUGCUGCAUUCUGGAUGCCAGCGUCUCCCGUCCAGACCAAGGGAGGGCUCCGCGGAAAAAACGGAUGGUUCACAGAACAUGAAGAAAAGAUCAUCGUUAACCGCGUUAUCCGGGACGACCCCAGUAAGGGCAGCAUGCACAACCGGCAAGCAGUCACCCCACGUCGGCUCUGGGAGUCGCUCAAGGAUUAUCAUAUGUGGCCAAUUUACGCUCUCGGUCUUAUCUGGAUGAUACCUUCCAAUCCGUCGCAGAACUACCUCACGCUACAAUUACGAUCCCAGGGAUUCACAACUUUCCAGACGAAUUUGCUCACGAUUCCAGCGGCUCUCAUUGCAAUUAUUUCCAUGACAUCAAUCACGUGGGUUGCUGAGCGUACAAACCAGCGCCUUCUCUGGGGCGUGCUAGUCGAAGUCUGGAAUUUGGCCUUACUGAUCGCACUAGAGUUGCUUCCUCAGAAAAGUAUGCCCUGGCCCCGUUGGGCAAUACUUACUCUUCUUGUCGGUGGGCCGAACAUUCAUCCUGUCAUUGUGGCAUUGACUUCACGAAAUGCCGGAUCUGUGCGGACUCGCACUGUUGCUUCUGCAUUGUAUAAUAUGUCUAUACAAGUUAGUAGCAUUGCCGGUGCUAAUGUGUACCAAGCAAAAGAUGCGCCAUACUACCGAAAGGGAAACAAAACUCUCAUCGCACUAGCUGUCGUCAGUGGGUUUCUUUUCGUCUUCAGCAAGUUUUAUUACGAUUAUUGGAAUAGGAAAAACUCUGCAAAAUGGGACGCUAUGACAAGCGAGCAAAGAGAGCUUUACUUGCGUGAAAACCCCGUUCUGACUAACAAAAGAAUCGACUUUCGGUUCGCUCGUUAA